CAGUAGUUUGACUCUUGUGUGGUUGCACCGAAUAGAUCGCUGGGGACGACAUUUACCAUCUGUCAUGGUGAUGUGGAUACUGAAAAAUGUAUAAAGAAAGAGAAGAAGAAAUGUAGAGAGUUACUCUUGGUUGGAUCUGUACCAGUACACUGAUGAGAUCAAUAAAAGUGAUGAGAUAUUGCUGGGAAGUAUGGAUAGAAACAUUGCAGAACAACUUAAUAAGGCAUAUGAAGCCUUUCGCCAGGCGUGUAUGGAUAGAGAUUCCGCAGUGAAAGAGCUCAAACAAAAGACGGACAGCUAUGAAAAACAAAUACGUGAACAACAGGAACAAAUAGAAUCUCUGACGAGGGCUGUUGCAAAGCUCAAAUCACAGUUGACUCCUUUGAAUGCAAGCAGAGUGAAUACACACGAUCCAGUUCCAGUCCCUGAUGACAAUGAAAUAAGAAGGAACGGUACCUUGUUAAACUUGGAUUGUGAUCAGCUCCAUGAGAAGUUGAAGCUGGCAAUGCAAAGAGAGAAACGUUUAAAGGAACAAUUGGAGAUUGGGAGCAUCAAACUAAAGCAAACAGAGGAGGACAACAACUUUAAGGAGAAGGAACUUGAAUCAGUUAUUGCCGUCAAAGAAGAUGAAAUAAGGUUUCUCAAGAAACAGCUCAAAGAAAUAAGCAAAGCACAAAAUUGUACGCAGGUACUAAGAUAUGAAAAAGAGGCAAAAAGCGACAAACAGGCUUCAUCUAGGCAGGAGUUCCCUCCGGGGCCCUGUGCCACGACUGUCUUUGAGAGGGAUGAACUUGAGACCGUUUUCUGGGGACUGAAGGAAGAAUUUCAUCGCAUACGUACGCUAGCGAGGACACAGACGGACCAGCUGAGUAAAUUUAAGCUACGGAGAGAACCUGUGACUGAAAUUCCAUUCUCCAAGCCUAUUCAGUGUACUGAUGAACAUGCAGAUGAUCUUUGUAACCCUUGGGUUAAAAAGGAUAUCAAUAGAGACCUUGUUCCACACUUCCCGUCCAUCACCCCGAGAGGCAUGGGCCCAGAUGAGGAAGAGAACUCUGUAGAGUCCCUUUCUAAACUGAGUGUCAAGUUCCCACCUACAGACAGUGACUCUACUUUUUUGCAGAGCACACCAGAUACUCCGCCAGUUCCCUGUGUGGUGGUGCCUGAAUGCUUGCUUCCGGAUCCACAGUUCGACACGGAGCUCGGCGAUCCGGCUGUGAACUUCAGCGAAGCGACAUGUCAUUUGUUUGAGGAAUGCAGUUCUGUCCCCUUUACUCCGACUGUGCAUAACCUGUUGGUUGCGAGCAAAACCAAACCCUCGACCCACACAAACGUGCUCUUGCAGAGUCCUUUGGACAAAGCGCCUGGAUUUAAAGCACCGUACUUAAACAAUUUCGGAGCCUUUCCCUCUUUAGAAGCUAACGAGAGAACUGUCGAUGCAUCUCAGCAGCCUCUCUGGGAGCCGUAUCAUACUCAAGACAAUGACUUAUUGAUGAUUGCUUCAGCAGACUCAGAGCUUGAUCAGCCUGGAAUAUGUGAAUUCUGCCAAAAAGUUUUCCCACCAUCUCUAACAUCGAAUGAGGAUUUUCUAAGACAUCUGAAUUCACACUUCGACAAGAAGACUUAGUGUAACUGGAAUGCAGAGAAAGUUUGUUUAAACUGAAAUGCUGCAGUUUCUUUAUAAAUGAGUUCAGCCGGAGUUUUAUGGACCAUUAAGUUGUACUAAAGCCACUGUUAGUGGUAUACAGGUGAAGCAUGUAUAAAUAUACUUCCAUUAACCUCAAAGGGGGGAGAGGGACUUGGGAAGAGAGGACUAAUGACAUGGGCCAUCCAGCAUGUGACGACAAGGAGGAUAACCUGACCUCUUAACUGUGUUUCUAAAGAACUGUUAUUUGCAUUGUAAACAUAUUUUUAAAAAUGUGUAAUGUUAAUUGUAAUACGAUGCUUCUUGAACCCUCAUUAAGUAUAUUAAUUUGGAAACAAGUCCUAUCUAUUUCAAUAAUUAAUGCUAAGUACCAGGAUCCAAGAAAGAUGUGAUAUCAGCCGCAAGUAAAGUGAAGUGUUUCACUUGUACCCAUCACUGUUAAAUGCUCUUGCUUCAUAAAUUGUGUUCAUGGGCCAAUAGCCACUGGGACUGUAAAUUGCUGGCUCAUAUAAUACACAAAUUGGCCAUUACAUGAGAUAAUUGCAUUUUAAAAUGAUGGGACGCUUUUGGAGUGCUCGCCAGCGACCCACAUAAUAUUUUUUUCGGUCUUUAAGAAUGAAACAACUUAUCAAGAGCAGAACUAGAUUUUUCUUGCCCUGGGAUUAGUGAGCAUCAUUUAUUAUUUUGUGCAAGUGACCUCACCAUUGUAGUAAAAACUGGUUUUGUGAGUAGGGGGUCGUUGGAUGCUAUUAUUUGAGACAGGUGUGAAAUUUUCAGAUUGAAUUGUGAUAUUACGUCUAUUCUAGAAAUACAGAACUUGCUCUAUUAAAAAGAAAUCCUAAUCCUUGCAUCAAUAAAGGAUUUUUUUGGGAAAAAAUGUUUGAAAUAAUUUUACUACUGAGCAGUAUAGUACAGAAGGUGUUCCCUAGAUGUGAUUCACAGAGAUAACUUCCUAUAUGUUUUCUUCACACAAGUGCCUUUCACUGCAUUUACAAGACAUGCUAACUUUGUUAUGUGAAGAUGCAGUAAAAUUUACAUGUGGAUUUAUCAUGUAUAAUGGGAUUCAUACAGUUUUCUUCUGGGGAAUUCCACUUUCUAUGUAAUGGUCCUUAGAGUACCUGUUUUCCUGUAGUUGGCUGCUGUUUUUUAAAAAGUGUAGAGCUGUAAGAACGGUAGCACCACUAAUAUAAAUAUGCAGUAAAGUGUCAUCCCUCCAGAUCUUUUGUGGGAGGUCCCCUCCGCCCUGUUGCUCUUCCUCUCACUGGUACGUAGUCCUUCGCUGGUUCCCAGUCUGUACACCCUCACCAUCCGUCCACCUUCCGCCCAUGCAAAUGAAGCUGUAAACCAGCUCUGAUUCUUGCCCAUCAAGUUCCAGCUCCACAGUUCCUGUUCACGGUUUCCCAGUAAAAGAGGAAAGGGGAUUGUGAAUAAAUUCUAGGCCCCAAUCCCAUCUCUAAAUGCAAGCGGUUAAUCAUGCAUGACAACAGGUGGCAGUGAAUGCAAAUCCUUAUUUGCAUCAAAAGAGACAUUUAGCCAAUUUAGUGAAUACGGUGAUGUAAAAGUGUUGGGUUUUGAUGUAAUACCCAGCAAAAAGAAACAUACAUCCACAGAGGCACAAGAUGUGUUUGUAUGUGGAUUUUGCCGCUACAAGGACCCAAUAUCACCCAGUAAAAACUACUGUGUGUAUUUAUGGGAAGAGAGGCCAAUAGGUUAAUAAAAUUUCCUUUAUCCUACCAUUAUUAUUUUUAAAGUAGAAUGCUAAUUCAGCUUCUGGAUAUUUUUGGUAUUUUAAAAAAAUGUUAAACAUGAAGUUUACAAAAAUUGAUUACACGCAUUUGUUGGGGGUUUGUAUGUGGUUUUUUAACAGUUGCUUUCUACAUAGGUGAACAAUGUAAAUACUGAGCAUUUAUUAUCAUGCGAGUUUAGCUGAGAGACAGCUUUAAAACUUUUAAAACCUAAUAUUUUCCAGGACCCAAUAAUAUUUGUAGACUGGAGGGACUGUGCUAUUUUCAGGCCAGGAGUAUUAAUUGUAUAGUAAUGUUUAAUAAAUUGUCUA